AUGAGGCUAUUGAGCGUAAUUGUCCCCAUGUUGACAUGCCAUGCAACCUUCACUGCAUCAGGAGCACCGGUUUCUGUUGAACACAGUGAUUUCUCUCUCAAACUCAAUAAAAUAGACAGUAUCAUCGAAAGAAACCAUGUUCGGAUGAUUCACAAGAGGGGGCUUUACUACAGACGGUCACCAACUAGUUUCUUGCAACUGGGUCAAAAAACGUUGUCCCGCUUCACUGGCAUCCGACUGCAUGAUCAAGUGCUUGCAUCGAAGAAAUUGGCUACGUACUUCGCUAAUAUCGAAAUUGGAACGGAUCCUGUUUCAACUUUUCGUGUUCUUUUCGAUACUGGAUCAUGCGAGUUUUGGGUCCCUGAUGAAUCCUGCCUGUCAAAGCAGUGCCGUGGACACCGGAAAUACAGGAAAAGCUCAACGUUUGAAGGCCGUUUUAACGAAGACGGGACCCCCAGUUUGAUGGAUGUGCAAUACCUCAGCGGCUCUCUUCAGGGCUAUGACGGCUACGAAACUGUUCAUCUUAGCGACGGCAUCUUUGUUCCGCACACAAAUAUCGGUUUCGCUACGCGGCUUGAUAUACCGUUGCUUCAAGACUUGGAAUGGGAUGGCAUCGUCGGCCUUGGGUUCAAAAACCACGAAAUAAGCGAACGCGGAGUACUCCCCUUCGUCGACCGGAUUGUCUCGAGUCAAGUCUUGAAAAAGCGGAAGCUUGCGAAUCAGUUCGCUUACUAUCUCUCGGCUGAUGGAGGGGCCUUGACUUUCGGCGGUGCUGACCUGUCAAAGAAAGAAAGCCCCGCAGAGGAAUUCAGCUGGGCAGCUGUGGAUCCCUCCAACAGCUACUGGACAGCUGGAGGUGCCUCUAUCAUCGACACGGGCACCUACUUGAUAUAUGCCCCAACGGUGGUGAUGGACCGGUACUUGUCCGACCUUCACAUCUCGUCAUGUAAAGACAAGGACUCUCUCCCUGAUCUGGUUUUCCAGUUUAAAGGAGUGCCCAAAAACGGACAACCCACUGUUGUUGAAUUACAGCUGGGACCCGACGACUACGUUUUGGAAUUUAUAAAUGAUGACGGCGGUCAUGAAUGCAUGCUGGGAAUUGCAGCUGAUGACUCGGAAGCGGAAGACGGUUUGACAGGAUGGACAUUCGGACAGGUGCUCCUGAGGGGCUACUACACUGUGUUUGACCGAGAUAACCUUGCUGUCGGGUUUGUCAGGGCGAAGCAUUGA